GAGUUAGUUACAGGACGGUUUUGGGAGUUACGUUUAGUCAAUCGUUUCGCUGCAGGAGAGUCUGUUUCCCUUUGACCAGCCAUGUAGCUUUCCGUAUGCUCAGCUACUAAAUAGAUUGCGAAGGUAAAACAGGGAUUAGUCUGCAGUUCGCAUUUCGCAUUUUGGACAGCGACAGGCGACAGCCAUGGCGACGUCGUCGCCAGCUGUUCGCAGGAGAUCGUCAUUCCCAAGCGCCUUGUCGCAGCCGUCGCUCCGCACCUCUCCGUCGCCCGCGCGACCAGUUCCGCCUUCCGCGUGGGAAACCCCGCCGUCCUCCGCAGGCGCGGGCGAAUUCGGCGGAAUCGGGGGAAGCGGGGGAAUGGGGGAGGGGGGAGCGGUGAGCGGAAGCGGCCGUCCGCGGUUGCGCCGGCGCCGCGCAUUCGCUGACAUUGCUGGCGCUGCUAGUGUCCCCACAAUCGGCGCGUUUCAGACGUAUCGCCACCCGUUGAUCGAUCGAAUGCUCGAAGCGCAGAAAGGGAUGCCGACGCUGACGGACGCGACUGUUGCGGCGGGAAUCACGGUGACUGCUGGGCUCCUACUGGCUGCGACGCGACCCAGGGAGCAGCAGCUGUGGGAUUGGCUGGUGGAUUCAGGCGUGGGAGGGGAAAUUGCAGGGAUCCUUCUUUCCGUCGUCCAAGUCUCUCUGGCCGUCCUUCUCCUCCUCUCCCUCCUCUCCCUCUCUCAAAUCAUCUUCACUCGCGUAACCAACCCCACAAAACCCCCGUUCUCUUCCUUUUCCGCUCCGUUUCCCUUCCCCGCGUCUCCCACCCCUUCCUCGCCUUAUCCUUCCAACCACAACCAAUACCACCAGCAGCACCAGCAGCAGCAGCAGCAGCACCAGCAGCAGCAGCAGCAGCAGCAGCAGCAGCAGCAGAGUAAUCAGCAACAGGAUGUUGCGGAUUCUCUCCUUGUCCCCCAACGAUCAGCCAAUCAUUCUGAAACACGUGGCACAACUCUACACACUCCCACGCCUUCCGCCUCUUUCCCCUCCCCGUUCCCGUCCCCGUCCCCGUCCCCUGGCCCUUCCGCUACCUCCUCUUUCCCUCUGUACCCCCAAAAGCUACGCUCGUUUCUUCAUCAGUAUACUCCUUAUAAGCAGUUGCAGCACCAGCAACAUAAGCAGCAGCAGCUACAGCAACAACAGCAAUGGCAGCAGCAGCAGUAUCAGCAGCAGCUGCUACAGCAGCAACAGCAGCAGCAUCAGCAGCAGCUGCUACAGGAGCAACAGCUGUAUCAGCAGCAGUUGUAUCAUUCACUCCCUCACACUCCAACUCCCCAUCGCCCUUCUCACACCCCCCUCGCUCACUCCUCUCUCUCACACCCGCCUUUCUCCCCCCAACCAACACCAGAAGCAACUACUGCUGCUGCAACACCCAACGCCCCUUCCUCCCUCCCCACCCUCCCCCACCACUCCCACUCCCUCCUCUCCUCUCUUUCUCACACUCUCCACCCCUCUCUGGCCCUCCACCACACCCCCUCUCUCGCGCACUCCCUGCCCUUACCCCUGGGAAGCAAGAGGAAGCAAGUAGAGACAAAGGAGGAGCUGCAACAGCUGUUGAUGAAUUUAGAUGGCAAACUUGCUGCUGCUUCUGCUGCUGCUGCUGGGGGUGGUGGGGGAGGGGUUGGGGGUGGGGGUGGUGGCAGGGGUGGGGAAAGGGAUGCGGAUGGGGAAUGGGGUAGGGAGGGAGGAGGCGGGGAGGGGGGAGUAGGAAGGGGCACGGUGAGGGGGGGAGGAGUGAGUGCGGGAGCAGCAGCACACGUAGCAGCAGCUACAGGCAGAGGCGGAGGCGGAGGGGGGUAUUACCCCCUCUCGUAUCAACAGUCUCCUGGCAGUCUCCCGGCGCACUAUCACCAGUCCCAACCAGGCCACUACCACUACCAGAGUUCAGAGCGCCUUCCACCGAUCUCUCCUCGUGCUCGUGCGGAUUCACUCGUUCAACCCCCCUCUCCCACUCUCCUCCGCUCGUCCUCGCUUGGCGCACCAGCCUCCCCCCUCCCAUUCACCCCUCACCGUUACACCCUCCCACCUACGCUCCCCACACCUACCCCCUCCGCCCCACCACACCUCCCUACCGCUCCCCUCACUUUCCCCCUCUCAAAUCCUCCCUUUGAUACAGUCACCUCGGAUUCUCUCACGCCUGAUACAUUCACAUCUUAUAACCCCUCCUCGCCCCUCCUAGUGCACCCUAGGCUGACUCCUAGCCCGUCUCGAGCCGCCAUAGUGGGGAAGAAAGGGGAGGUGGAGAGAUUAAAGCCCAUGGCGCCUGGGGAGGAGGAGGAGGGGUUUAGGAGCCUGGGCGUGCUGCAGUGGAGGGACACGUGGCGCGACAGGAUUCGCCAGUGGUUCUCGCAGCACCUGCUGAAGGCCCUGGUGAAGAAGAUUGAGGCAGCUCCAAGCAAGUUAUCAGCAGCAGCAGCCCCUCUCGGCCUCUCCCUCUCCCUCGAACCUCUCGACAGCCUCGGCAACUCGGCCGUACCUCUACCUGCAGGCUCGGCAGGUCUGACCCAGACCUCCGCCCCAGGCUCGGCUGCGGCGGCAGCAGGAACCAGCAGCCCUGGUUUGGGAGUGGGAGGGUUGGGAGGAGGGGAGGCAGGGGGGGUGGAGGAGGUGGGGGGAGGGGGGAGAGUGGUGGUGGUGCAGGGGAGUGUGAUGGGGGAGAGAGAGGGGCUGCAGCAAGUGAAGGGGAUUCUGCUACAGCUGCUACAGACGCCCACUCAAGCAGCCCCUCCUGCAGGGUCCAUAUUUGGCUUGCACCAGCCGCAGCAGCAGCAACAGCAGCAGCAGCAGGUGGAGGCACAGAAGGAAGCUGCGCGGAACCUUCUGGCAGCCAUAGCGGACUACGAGCAUCUUAGGGACGUCCUUAGAGGGCACUGGGCCAAGGGGCUGCUGCUGCCUCGUGGCAGUGUGCCAUUGCAGUACAGCACUCAGCGGAUCAAAGACCUGGCAGCAGGCUCCUGUCUGCGCUGCUUCCAAUGGUCAGCAGGCGGAAGCUUCCUGACACGAGACGCCAGCCGCAUCCCCACCUCCUCCUCUCCCGCCUCUUCCACUCCCCUCACCAGCACCACUGCUGCUACUGACCCUACCCAUCACUCCCUUUUCUCUCCCUUCUUUGGAGCUCCCUCCUCCUCCCUCCCCCCCUCUGUCCUCCCACAUUCCCCUCCCCCAUCCCGUGCUCCCAACUCUUCGUCUCCCUUAACCCCUUCCUCCCUCUCUGGCUCUCAACCCCCAUCUCUGUCAUACUCGUUACAAGCUGCUCCAGAAGGAGCGUUCCUGGUGCCUUGGACUCCUGACCUCCCCACUGACCCCCAUCUGCUGGUCUACCUCUUUGCUGCACACCUGUCGCAUCCCCGUUGGCUGGAUGAAUACCUGCAAUCGCCACUGCAGCAGCAGCAGCAACAGCUUUCCACAGCUACUACAACUGUAGCUGCUACAGUGCAGCCCCCAACAGCUCACUUUGCCACCCAAAAUCCCCUGGUAGUGGGCGGCUCACUUCCCCGCGACCGCCUGUUGCCGCUGUCGUCUUCUUCCUCCUCUGCUUCACCCUCUGCCCUUUUGGGCGGCAGGUUCACAGCCAUCGUUGGAUCCAUCCCACCAGCCAAUGCCAGACUGCCACCUGGCGCCGACGUGCUUGUGAUAACGCGGGAUGUACCUGCAGUUUUCGUCUCUUUCUGGGAUGGCCUGCCAACUUUCUGCCUACAGGGGAGGUUCGCAUUAUGGGAUGCUGUGUCGCUGCUGUGCCUUGGGGUGCAUGUGCACCAAGGUGGCAUAAUUGGUGAUCUGAGCUUGUCUUCUCCAUCUCUAUCUCUCUCCCCUCUUCUUGAGCCAGUCAUCUCCACAAGUAACACAUGAAAUAUUCCAUGUACGAUUCCAGCUUCGUCCGUAAAUAUCUGGAUAGAACAAGAAUCAACGUUGCCUACUAAAUUACCUGGUUCAUGUCAUCUAGUUGGUUAUGGUAGAUUAUGUUGUAACUCGCAGGUUGAAAUGUUCAAUAUCAUUACUGAU